AUGAUUCCCAUCGCAGGUCUGGGUGGGCAGUCACGUUUCCGAUCCGCUCAGGAACGUGAGUUUUUCAAAUACGUUCCCAGUGACGAGUCCUCCUCCCAUUUCGCUCCGAUCGACGCGGCCGGCAGAACCACCUUCACGCCGGUACCCUCUCGCGACUCUGCCUUGACAUCCUUCGCCCAGUUGGGUGCCUUCCGCUUAGGUACCCAGCGGGCGAUUAUCUCUCUUUUCGAUCGGACACACCAGCAUGUUUUGGCCGAGGCUACCCCAUCCUUGAGCCUCGUCGGGGGGAAAGUGGCGAACGAUCAGGAACAUUUGCGACUAGGAUGUUGUGUCUUUCCGAAGGCGCGGGGCCUUUGCAACCUCGUGUCCGGCCUGUCGUCUUCCACGCACUCGCACGAGGGCGUGGUGAUGGAUAAGAGUGCAGUGGUCAUAUCGGACAUACCUCAUGACGAUCCUCUCCGGUCGUCCCUCCUGGCUGCACUCUCCGACGUGCACUUUUACGCAGGGGUGCCGAUCAUAAGCCCCAGAGGAUUCAUCAUCGGCGCCUACAGUGUGAUAGAUACACGGCCACGCCCAGCUGGCGUGGAUGGGCAUUCAAUCCAAUUCAUGAAAGACAUGGCCGCAACGGUGAUGGAACAUUUGGAAAUGCAGCGGUCCGAACACAAAAACCGCCAGGCUGAACGGAUGAUCGUUGGCUUGGGGAGCUUUGUGGAAGGCAGGGCCACCCUGCGCGAUUCCUGGCGCGAAGCCACCGCACAGCAGAAGGCAUCGGAGCAUUCGGGAGAGAAGGUGGAAGGCCAGUUAAACAUGCGCCAGCAGGGCCUGCAAGAAGCGGCAGAUGGCGGUGUUCCAGUCUCAUCAUCUCACCGUGAUUCCGCGAAAAAGUCCCAGGAUGCCAACGGCCAGAAUUCCUCCAACGAUCGAAACACAUCCUCAAGUCCCGAUCAACGCGAUGAGACCGCAGUGCCAUCCCCCCAAAAUCAUCCAAUUCGGGCCCGGUUCUCCGGUGACCCCCCAGAGGAGGAUUCGCUGACAGGGAUCAAGCUUAUAUUUUCACGGGCGGCCAACCUCAUCCGCGAGUCGAUCGAGGCGGAGGGUGUCGUCUUUCUGGGCGCGAACAGCCAACGGUUCGGGAGCGUACUCGACCGCACGAGUCGGCAGGUGUCUGGGAUCGAGGAUGGUGAUUCGACCUCAAGCGGGGACGAGAGUACUGAUGUGGGCUCUGCGGUGUCGAAACCUAAGAAUGACGGGGGUAGCAGCGCUUUCACCUUAGGGUAUGCCACCUCCCGAACCUCGAGUAUCAAUGAUGAGUCCGCCGCUGGUCGCGAGGGGGCGGUGCCGGAGCUCCUUCUUACGCGUCUACUGCGACGUUACCCCCAUGGACAGAUCUUCACAUACAACGCCGAUGGUUCCGUAUCCGAUGACAGCGACAAUACAUCUGGGCAGGCGUCGGGAUCGGACCCAGCAAAGACAGCGUCCUCGACCGGCUCUCCUUUCGAGAAGCGAUCCCUGACUAGCAAAAAGCGGGGCCGGUCUAAAUUUCGACAAGACGCCCUGAGUCUGAUCCGAAUGUUCCCCGACGCCAGACACAUAUUGCUUGUACCUGUUUGGGACUUCGAUAGAACCCGGUGCUUUGCGGGAUCCUUGAUAUGGACGAACACUCCGGCCCGUGUCUUCUCAGCUGAGAAUGAGCUUGUUUACGUUUCAUCAUUCGCCAAUAACAUCAUGGCGGAGAUCCGUCGUCUCGACGUGGAAAUGGCGGAGAAGGCGGAAACCAACUUGGUUAGCAGCAUCUCUCACGAGCUCCGGAAUCCCCUGCAUGGUAUCCUGGGCACGGCGGACAUUCUCAGUGAUACGGCCAUGAACGCUCUGCAGCAUGGCAUGGUACAUACUAUCGAAUCAUGCGGUCGCACGCUACUCGACACCAUCAAUAAUCUCCUGGAUCUGACCUUCAUCAACAAAUUCCAAGCGAAAGCGAUUGGCUCCGGGAAAAACGAAUCAGCCGGUUCCACUGAUAAUCAAAUGAACAAGUCUAACGACGCCGACAAGUUCCGCUCAUACUCACGGGUGAAUCUGGACUCUGUCCUCGAGGAGGUGGCCGAGUGUGUGUUUGCGGGGUAUAGCUUCUAUCAUCACCCACAACAACCCCCACCGGCGUUAGUCGAUUCGUCGUCUCGAACAACCAGUGGUAUGAUGGGCUCGAAACCGCUUGACAAUCAACUCAACGAGGUGACUGUGAUCUUUGACAUCCAGUACGGCGCAAAUUGGGAGUUCUUCACCCACGCGGGUGCGUGGCGUCGGAUUUUGAUGAAUGUGCUUGGGAACGCUCUAAAAUACACCAACUCUGGCUACAUAUAUCUGGGGUUGAAAUCAUCGUCCAGGGACCAACCUAACAGUGCUGCGAACUCUGAUUCAGGCUCGGCAACGGAACAGCUUGAUCAGGAUGACGUGGUCCUCACGGUCAAAGAUACCGGCAAAGGCAUCAGCCCCGAGUAUCUGCAGAAUGAUCUCUUCCGGCCUUUCUCGCAAGAAAACCCCCUUGCAGCCGGGAGCGGAUUAGGUCUGAGUAUUGUUCGACAGGCCGUUGGGUCGAUUGGGGGUUCUAUAGACAUCGUUUCCGCCAGGGGAGAAGGGACGGAAAUGACCAUCCGAACGGCGCUCCGGCGCUACCCUAUGUCGGCAUUCAGCGCGCUUCGCCGGGAAACGGUGGACAAGUCUAUCGGGAUAUUAGGGUUCGGCGCCUCCCUUUCCUCUCAGCGUGACAUCACUUUGUACGAGGCCCUGGAGCGGAUGUGUCGGGAGUGGUUUGGCUUGAAAGUCACCUCGGUGUCUCCGGUCGGCGAUGAAGUUGCUUCGUUUGACUUUUAUCUGGCCGUGCAAACCGAGCUGGAUAGCGAGGACCCCAAGGGAAGAGACCUGUUCAGCCUCGCUGAACACACCGGUGGUGGCGUGGGCCACGAGUCCCCUGUGGUGGUGAUCUGCCAAUAUCCCGAAGUAGCGCACAAUAUGUUCGUGGCUGCCAAAGUCCGCGAGCAAACCGGCAUCUUCGAGUUUAUCAGUCAACCGUGUGGCCCUCGGAAAUUGGCUCGAGCCCUCAGUCUCUGUAUCAAACGCCGCACAGGGCAACAAACCGGUGGGACAAACCCUAGCGAACAUACUCGGUGGGUUGAGAUGCCAGAAUCCUCCCGUUUGCCAUUGGACAUUAGCGCGGCGGAUGCGCCGAGCAAAAGAUUGCCGAUUCAUAAACGGCCGACCACGGACACGAUGGGGACCCUCAAUCCGCAGUCCGCGGCUGCCACGGACACUCCUACGGGUGAAUCACAUCAACAACUUCGGGUGCCUUCGUCCUCUGUGGAGCCCGCACAGCAGAGGGAAAAUGACGGGCGAGCGGCACUCCUGGUGGAUGAUAACGACCUCAACCUGCAAUUACUCACAGCCUACGCCAGAAAAGAAAAUCGUGAGUAUAUGACAGCUCAGGAUGGGCAAGAAGCUGUGGAUACGUACAAGGCCCAUCCUGGAAAGUUCUGCGUUGUUUUGCUCGAUAUCUCCAUGCCAGUCAUGGAUGGCUUCGAUGCAGCCCGAGAGAUGCGCCGAUUCGAUCAUGAACGUCUCGAGCAGAUGUCCGAGUCAGAUCGCCAGUCGGUUCGACGCACCAUUAUUGCAGGCUUGACCGGCCUAGACGGUCCGGCUGCUCGGAAAGAAGCUGCUAGCGCUGGGAUCGACACGUUUCUCGUGAAACCGGUCAAGGGGCCGGAUGUGCGCGCGAUAUUACGGCAAAUUGACCAAUAA